UUCCAAACCCAUACAUACUGGAUUUACCCAAAAAAAAAAAAAAAACAAAAACCCACACUUACUGGAAUUGACCGGCUUGACCCACGUUUUCUACCCCUUCAAUAUAUAAAUAAGAAUUAUAGAACCUUUUACCAAUAAUAAUCAUUAUAAUAAUAAUAAUUAUCGAACUCCGUUUACUGAUUAUUCUAUUUCACCAGAAAAGCCAAACCAGCUCAUAUCAACAGUCCAUCCUACAUUUUUCAAGUUCUAUAAACAAAUUUUGAGCCAACGUUUCAUUGUUCAAUUGAUAUUCUACUCUUCCUUUCCUGCUUUAUUGUGGUGAGGCGCUCUACACUAACUUUGUCUUCCAAAUGGCAAUCUCCAAUUCCAUCAGCUCUCGUUCCGGUGAAGAAACUCCGCUGCUGCUGGACUACACGGUGGAGGGUGUCGUUGACUACAAAGGAAGCCCCGUUCUUAGAUCCAAAUCAGGUGGAUGGAGAUCCGCGGGUUUAAUCAUAGGUGUGGAGAUUACUGAGAGAUUCGCGUACUAUGGGAUUAGUUCCAAUCUAAUAAACUUUCUCACCGGACCGCUGGGACAAUCCACGGCUACUGCGGCUGAGAAUGUAAACGCAUGGUCUGGAACGUCGUUGCUGCUGCCUCUGUUGGGAGCUUUUGUAGCUGAUUCUUUUCUGGGGCGAUACCGCACCAUUGUGGUUGCUUCAGUCCUCUACGUUCUGGUUUCUCUCUUUCCAUUUCCCUUUAAUUAUAGCUUGCAAACUUUAGGAAUAGGUUUGUUAGCUCUGUCAACUCUGCUACCUUUCUAUAGCCCUUCUCUCAACCAAAUCAACAAAACGACCAUCUCAACUGGUCCUUCUCAGUUCCAAGUAGUAUUAUUCUUCUUUUCGCUAUAUCUAGUGGCAUUUGCGCAAGGUGGACACAAACCUUGUGUUCAGGCUUUUGGAGCUGAUCAGUUCAAUGGAGAAGAUCCAGAGGAGUCCAAAGCCAAAAGCUCAUUCUUCAACUGGUGGUAUUUUGGUUUAAAUUCAGGCACUGUUGUAACAUAUUUUACUGUAAGCUACAUACAAGAAAAUCUCAGCUGGGCACUGGGUUUUGGAGUUCCUUGCAUUGCAAUGAUAAUUGGUUUUAUUGUUUUCUUGGCUGGAACUAGAACUUAUAGGUAUACCAAUAUUAAACAAGAUGAAAAGAGCCCAUUUUUACGAAUUAGUACGGUAUUUAUUACAGCAAUUAGGAACUGGAGAACAGAUUCAUCUGCGAUAGCAACUGAAGAGGAAUCUCAUGGAAGAUUACCUCAACAAAGUUCAGUUCAAUUCAAAUUCCUCAACAAAGCUCUGAUUGUACCAAAUGGUUCAAAGGAAGAUGGGAAGACAUAUUGUAGCGUGGCAGAGGUUGAGGAAGCGAAAGCUGUACUUAGACUUGUUCCGAUAUGGGGGACAUGCCUGGCAUAUGCUAUUGUGUUUGCACAAUCGUCAACUUUCUUUACCAAGCAAGGUGCUACCAUGAAAAGAACAAUUGUACCCGGGUUUGAAAUACCUGCUGCUUCGCUUCAAUCUUUCUUGAGCCUUGCCAUUGUUCUCUUCGUUCCCAUUUAUGACCGCUUUCUUGUCCCAGUAGCUAGAGUAUUCACAAGAAAACCAUCAGGUAUCACAAUGCUGCAGAGAAUAGGAACUGGGAUGGUUCUAUCUGCUCUGUCCAUGGUAGUUUCAGCUGUUGUGGAGACGAAAAGGCUCAAAAUUGCACAAGAAUAUGAUCUGGUUGAUAGGCCAAGUGUGACAGUUCCAAUAAGUGUGUGGUGGUUGCUUCCUCAAUAUGUUAUGUUCGGAAUAGCCGAUGUUUUCACCAUGGUUGGCCUGCAAGAGUUUUUUUAUGAUCAGGUACCAAAUGAGCUAAGGAGCAUAGGACUGGCUUUGUAUCUUAGUAUUUUUGGUGCGGGGAGCUUUUUAAGCAGCUUCCUUGUCUCAGCCAUUGACGAAGUAACUGGUGGAAGCGGCCAAGAUAGUUGGUUUGCUACAAAUUUAAACAGAGGACACCUUGAUUACUUCUAUUGGCUACUUGCGGUACUUAGUGCAUUUGGAUUUGGUGCCUACUUGUACUUUGCAAGAUCUUACAUCUAUAAAGUGUGAUGAUACAGUAUUAGUGCUAUAACAAUACCAAUCAAUAUUCAAGAGGUGAAAGCUAGAUAAUAGUCUAGAGACUA